AGCUGGCCUGUGGCUAUCUGCUAGGUGUGCCAUGCCUGGAUGGCCCUUAGUUGCGCCCGUGGCCUGGGCGCGGCGGUGGAGGCCCAGUUCGUGGCCCGCCUCGGGUCCAGCGCGGCCGCCGGCGACCUGCGCUCCGGCGCCGCCCUUCACGCUCGGUACGCCAAGUCGCACGUCCCGCCCACAACUUUCCUCGCCAACCACCUGCUGCUCUUCUACUCCCGCCUCGACCUACCAGCGCUCGCCCGUCGCCUGUUCGACGAAAUGCCGCGCCCUAACGUCUUCUCCCACAAUGCGCUCCUCGCCGCGCACGGCCGCGCGCGCGACCCGCGCCUCGCCGCCGCGCUCUUCUCCCGCAUCCCCGACCCGGACGUCGUCUCCUACAACACGCUCCUUGCCGCCUUCGCGUCCGCCAGUCUCGCCGCGGACGCCCUCCGGCUGUUCAUGAGCAUGCGGCGUGGGGACCUUCCUGUUGAUGGCUUCACCGUGUCGUCUGUCAUCUCGGCUGUGACCAGCAUUGCUGCUGUGGCCCAGCUGCAUGCUUUUGCGGUCGUUUCUGGUCUCAAUGCGUAUGUCUCCGCCAAGAACUCCUUGAUGAGUGGGUAUGGCAAGGGAGGGCUCUUGGAAGAGGCCGAAAGGAUGUUUGCUGAUAUGGGUGACAAUGAGAGGAACCAUGUGUCAUGGAACUGCAUGAUUGCUGUAUAUGGGCAACAUGGACAUGGCCGGAAGGCUAUGGAGCUGUUCCAGGACAUGGCAAGGCGGGGUUUAACUGCAGACGCUUGCACUCUGGCCAGCGUGCUGUCAGCAUUCGCCACAGCACAGGACUUGGAUGCUGGAAUGGAACUCCAUGGAAGGCUGAUCAAGAGUAAGUUCACUCAAGAUCCGCAUGUGGCGAGUGGCCUCGUUGAUGUGUAUGCCAAAUGUGGUAGUAUUAAGGACGCAUGGAAGGCAUUCAGUGAGGUUCACAAGCCUGAUCUGGUGCUGUGGAACACACUUAUAUCUGGAUACUCGUUGCACGAGAAGUUCUCUGAGGAGGCACUCCUUUGCUUUCGUACAAUGCAAAGAGCUGGAUUUUGCCCAGAUGAUUGCAGCUUUGUCUGCGUGAUCAGUGGAUGCUCCAACAUGUCAUCACCAUCACAAGGGCAGCAGCUACAUGCACUGGUGAUCAAGUCCGAUAUACAAAGUAACCAGAUUUCUGUUCACAACGCAAUGAUCACACUGUAUUCGAGAUGUGGAAAGGUGGUCGAGGCCAAGAUGUUGUUUGACAGGAUGAUAGAGAGGACCACUGUGUCAUACAAUUCCAUUAUCGCAGGCCUUGCACAACAUGGACAUGCUAUUGAAGCACUCAAGCUCUUCGAAGACAUGCUGAAUUCAGAAUAUGAACCAACAGGUAUUACCUUCAUUUCAGUGUUGUCAGCAUGUGCUCACACCGGAAAAGUCGAUGAAGGCUGGGAUUAUUUCAACUCAAUGAAGCAGAAAUAUGGCAUUGACCAUUGUGAAGAACACUAUGCUUGCAUGAUUGACCUACUUGCCCGUGCGAAGAAGUUUGAGGACGCUGAGAAGAUGAUAAUGAAAAUGCCUUUUAGCCUUAGUUCCAUUGGAUGGACUUCCUUGCUUGGUGCUUGCAGGACACAUGGAAAUAUGGAGCUCGGAGCAAGAGCAGCCAAAGAGAUACUCCAUUUGAGUCCUUCCAGUGCAUCAGCACCUGUCGUGCUCUCAAACAUGUAUGCUAGUGCUGGCAAGUGGGAAGAGGCUGCAAAAAUAAGGAAGCUCAUGAAAGAUCGGGGGAUUAGAAAGAAGCCUGGCUGCAGUUGGAUAGAGCUUGGAAGAAUAGUUCAUGUAUUUGUUGCCAAUGAUGUCUCACAUCCUAGAAUCAAAGAGGUAUACACAUUAUUGGAGUCCAUGUCACAGAAAAUGAGGCUUGCAGGCUAUGUGCCAGAUGUGAAAUGGGCCUUGGCAAAAGAUCAAGCAGCUGAAGGGGAAACGAGAUUGAGGCAUCAUAGCGAAAAGCUUGCUGUAGCCUUUGGUUUAAUUAACACGAAAGAAGGAGAACCUAUACUUGUGAUGAAAAACCUACGGAUAUGUGGAGACUGUCAUAAUGCCAUCAAGAUCAUCUCUGCUAUAACUAACAGGGAGAUCACAGUCAGAGAUGCACACCGGUUCCAUUGCUUUAGCGAUGGAAACUGCUCCUGUGGAGAUUAUUGGUGAAAAGUUUACUCCUGAAUUUCAUGAGUAACAAACUGCUGUUUUUUUCCGGUCAUAACUCCUGUUGAGAUCAGUUAUGGUGAUCAAACACUUGAAGGACUGGCGAAUCGUGAUUGCUUAAAUAGUCUUAAAGGAGCAUGAGGUCUUGCAUGAAGAAUGAAGUGUUCCUGGAGUUGGACAGAACUGUAAAAAUGCACUUCUGCUUUUUUAUUCUAGUAGCGCUCCCAACUGAGAUGAGUUUGGUGGACAUUGCAUCCCCACAACAAUAGAUUGCUGUGGCACUGCUCAUGGUGACCUGCGGCCAGGGCAGGAUCAAUGCGAUCCUCAGUUGACCAUCAUUACCACUAGCGAGGACACCUCAUACCUUUCCUGACAUGCUUCCUUAGUAGCAUGAUCUAUAGCAAUAGCCAUUUUAUGGAUCAUCUUUCGUUUCUGUUGCGAGAGUUUUGGAAGGGGGGGGGGGGGGUAAGCUUGGUUGUUUUUCUGCUCCUAUAAUGGGACUAGCCGACUAGGAGCUGAUUUGGAGUCUCAUACUUCUACAUAAGGUGGGUGCAUGGAGCGUGGAAAUUCGGAACGCCCUUAUCGCCUCUGUGAUUCUGUGAGGUGUGCAUAUAAAUCUAUAGUGCUAUACUUUGGUUUGGUUGAGUCAGUGUAAGCAUUAAUUAGUCCAAACUGACUACUGGUUUGUUCAGUGAACACCGAAUAUUUAGAUGCAAUCUGGCAAUAGUUGAGUAAGCUGAAUUUGAUGAGAAAUUCACAAGAUAUCAGGUAUACUGAUGUUCAUGUAUUCACUCUCCCUAUGUUUCUAUUGCUCGUUUUUAUCUUAAGCAUUGGCUAAUAUUAUGAAUGA